AUGCUGCGGCCGGAGCCUUCCCCCAGGCUGGGGGGCCUCCUGCCUGUGCUCCUGGCUCUCCUUGGCAUCGCCUGGGCAGAUGUGUGGAUGCCCCACCCGCAGGAGCAGGCUCCAGUGCCCGGAGCCUUGAGCAGGAAGGAGAGUUUCUUGCUCCUCGCCCUGCACAACCGCCUGCGCAGCCGGGUCCACCCCCCUGCGGCCAACAUGCGGAGAAUGGACUGGAGUGAGAGCUUGGCCCGACUGGCUCAAGCCAGGGCAGCCCUCUGUGGCACCCCAGCCCCGAGCCUGGCGUCUGCCCUGCAAGUGGGCUGGAACGAGCAGCUGCAGCCGGCAGGCUUGGCGUCCUUUGUCGAAGUCGUCAGCCUGUGGUUUGCAGAGGGGCAGCGGUACAGCCACACGGCGGCCGAGUGUGCCCACAAUGCCACCUGCGCCCACUACACUCAGCUCGUGUGGGCCACUUCGAGCCAGCUGGGCUGUGGGCGGCAUCUGUGCUCUGUGGGCCAGGCAGCCAUGGAAGCUUUUGUCUGUGCCUACUCCCCUGGAGGCAACUGGGAGGUCAACGGGAAGACAAUCGUCCCCUAUAAGAAGGGAGCCUGGUGUUCACUCUGCACAGCCAGCGUCUCGGGCUGCUUCAAAGCCUGGGACCACGCAGGGGGGCUCUGUGAGGUCCCCAGGAACCCAUGUCGCAUCAGCUGCCGGAACCACGGAUAUCUAAACAUCAGCACCUGCCACUGCCACUGUCUCCCUGGCUACACGGGCAGAUACUGCCAAGUGCGGUGCAGCGUGCAGUGCGUGCACGGCCGGUUCCGGGAGGAGGAGUGCUCCUGUGUCUGCGACGUGGGCUACGGGGGAGCCCAGUGUGCCACCAAGGCGCACUUUCCCUUCCACACCUGCGACCUGAGGAUCGAUGGAGACUGCUUCAUGGUGUCUUCAGAGGCGGACACCUACUACAGAGCCAAGCUGAAAUGCCAGAGAAAAGGCGGGGUGCUGGCCCAGAUCGAGAGCCAGAAAGUGCAGGACAUCCUCGCCUUCUACCUGGGCCGCCUGGAGACCACCAAUGAGGUGACCGACAGCGACUUCGAGACCAGGAACUUCUGGAUUGGGCUCACCUACAAGACCGCCAAGGACUCCUUCCGCUGGACCACGGGGGAGCACCAGGCCUUCACGAGUUUUGCCUUCGGGCAGCCUGACAACCAGGGGUUUGGCAACUGCGUGGAGCUGCAGGCAUCGGCUGCCUUCAACUGGAAUGACCAACGCUGUAAAACCCGGAACCGUUACAUCUGCCAGUUUGCUCAGGAGCACAUUUCCCGGUGGGACCCAGGGCCCUGAGGCCUGGCCAGGAAGCUCCCCUGCCA